CUGGUUUCCCACUCGCCCGGCUGUUGGUAUACCGAACGCCCGUCAGUUGCCCGUUGUGCGUGCGGCACGAAGUGUAAUACGGAUCGUAUACUAAUCAUUUAUUUUACAUAAUAUUUGGGUUUACGACUGUAUACGAUACACCGUUCGUCGUGUUCGACACUGUCGUCGUUGUCGUUGUGUAUUAUUUUUUUUUUUCGACAACUAACGUUCUUAACGAUUUUUUUCCUCGCGUGUGACGUGCGAAACUUACGCGUAUGUAGCAGAUUUCCGCCGGACUCGUCUGCCCAUAAACAUAACGUCAUGAUAUAUCUACGGACAGCACGUCGGACGGUACGAUAACGUACGAAUAUCAUUGUCGUUAUCGGAAUGUUGUCACGUUCGACAGCCUUGCAAAAUCAAUUGCUUUCGGAUAAUGAAUUCAAAACGAAGAGCAUGAAAUAAUUAUAUAGUGAUUAUAAUUGUGAAUAUUUAGGACGGCAGAUUUUGUUUCGAUGGCUUCCGACGAGUUAACCACACGAUUUGAUCCGUACCAGGAGAUGGAGAACUAUUUAGAAAAAGUUGCUGAAGAGCUUGAUGAAGUCUUCAACCAGUUGUCCAAGAAAUCCGCAGAGCAACCACGAAAGCUUGCGACGAACUGGCCGCCGAAAGGUAGCAGCAAUGAAGCAAAUAAAGACGAUCGUUGCAACGCAGAAAAUGGCGACUACUUGACGGACAACUUUGGUGGUCGGUUCGAUGACGUUAUUCUAGAAUUGCAAUUACCGGAACGGAUUGUUUGCCAGGCAUGUGCUGAAGGAAUAGACGAAAAGGUGUAUUUCGGUGAUAACUGCGGCAGUGGUGUUUUUUCUGACAACAUGCGUUACCGCCUGUCGCCAACCAAACGAAAACGGUGUCGUUCUCGAUCUUUGGAUCAAAGUAGCCUACAAUUGCCAGACUGUUAUGAAGACAAGUCAGCUGUGCUGCUCAAAGUCAAGGUACUCAACACCACUCCACCCGCGCCCGUUCGCCGGUCGUCUCUUAACCGAUUUCAAACGAUCAUCGCACAACAACAGAAACAGUUUGAACGACAGGACAGUAACGGAGGUCCUCACCUGGAAGUGGCCACGCAGACGUCGCCGACUUGUAGUAUGUCUUCGAGCUUCACGUGGUUCUCUGAUCGUUCGGACACGGGUAACUGUUCUUCAGCUGAAGAAGAAGCCGUGACACCGUGUAGUUCAACCGACGAUUCGGUGACCGACCAUCACAUCAGUUGCGGAUCUUCGACCGAAUCGUCCGUCACCCCUCCUGGACGGUCCGACGAACCCGAAUCCGGUAUUGGAACUGCAUCGCCACCACACCACCGGUAUUCAAAAUCGGGAAACCAGAAAUGCAGAAGGAAAGAGACGUGGGAGAGGCUGCAGAGACGACACGCCGACCGUCGGGCGACCAUCAAAUACACGGAACAACCGGUGUGGGUACCCCCCACAGUGGAAAAUAUAAACGACCAAUAUCAUCGGCCAGCAACGCGACCGAAUCGGUUGCCUUUGACUAGUGAAUCCGGAUUUCCGGUGAAAAACGUCAUCUCUUACGAGUUGCCCAGCCCAACAGCUGUUUCAUUGGACGGCGGUGGAGAAGUCACCCAAGAAUUGGCGAGUGCCUGCAAAAGCUCGUCUGCUCCACAUCUCAUAAAAUCCACUCAGACGCUGCCUCACAGGACCAAAUAUACUGGCGGAUCGGAGGAUUGGAAACAUCACAAAUGUCACUCGGAACGAUACUUAGCAGAAAUAGAAGCCAAAGAAGCGUGUAAAUGGCUAAGAGCCGCCGGAUUUCCACAGUACGCGCAAAUGUAUGAAGAUUUGCAAUUUCCCAUAGACGUGAACGGCGUACAAAAAGACCAUCCGUUUCUAGACCUAGACUCGUUACAAUCGUUGUUCAGGAGACUGCACGCUUUGAACCGUUGCGCAAACAUGAAAUUGGAUUUUGUGCCAAAACACGCAGGUGACGACUCUGACUCCGAGGGGGAAUGCGCGCUGAGCGAGAACUGGACGUUCCAGAGGGAGUCGAGGAGGUGGUCCAGGGUGGACGACAUCGUCAACACGGCGGUGAUGCUGCAGCAGCAGCUGCAACCGCCGUCGCCCGUCGACCACCAUCAGCAGCAGCAAAACCACGACCUCCAACCAUCGCAACAGGGUGUUGGAGGCAAGUUUGGCAGUAACACGAUGCCACAGCCACCGGUGCAGUCUGCCGAGCAGCUGCAGGCGGCGGCUGCAGCGGCGGUGGCGGCCGAUGCGUCGGACGCGGCACUGAUCUCGCGAUUCCGGCGAUCGGGCAGCGAGCGGAUCAGGGACGGCGCCAAAGCCAUCCUGCGCCGGGUGGAGAGCCUGAAGACGAGACGUCGGAAACAGCGCAACCGCGACGGCGUAGUCAUCGGUUCACCGCAGAUCAUUGACAUGGCUUCGAUGCAACAACGGAUGAAGGAACUUAACUGCGUGGACGUGACACCGCCGGAUUCGCCGGUGACCGACGACCACAUUAAGGCCAAACGGUUCUUGGCCAAGCCCGAGUCGCUGGACUCGCUGGCAUAUUCCGAUUCAGAACUGUCGUGGAGAAACGAGUACACGGACGCCAACAGCAAUAACACCAAGCCACUGCUGGAUUUCAUGGCCUUUGACGGGAGUAACGAAUUCUCAUCUCCCAACGGCAGUCAAGAUAGCCGCACGUACAAAAACAAAUACAACGACAGCGUGGAUUCGGUUUCGAGCGCAGUGCAAGACAGCGACCAAGAUCUAACCAUCAAAUCAAAGGGGUCAGUUGUUCGGUGGCAUAGUUUUCAAAAGACCAAACAUCGGCCGAAUGCCUUGGCCGGACAGAUGGUCGGGUCGCUCACGGUUGGCCAGCUGUUGGUGUUGCGGAAGUUCGCUCUUCUCAAGCUUACCGCCAUCAUGGAACGGUAUUGUCCGACACACCGGACCGGAUGGAACUGGGAACUGCCCAAGUUUAUGCGCAAAACCAAAAUGCCCGAUCCAAAAGAUAAAACCGUUUUCGGAGUUCCGCUGAUCGCCAACGUGCAAAAAUACGGUUCGGCACUGCCACCGUUCGUCCAGUCUGCUUUUCGGUGGCUCGAAGACAACGCUCUCGACCACGUGGGGUUGUUCCGGAAGCCCGGCGUCAAAUCCCGAAUACAGCGCCUAAAGCAACUGGCCGAAGCCGACCCGGAGGACGUGAAGUUCGAAAACCAUCAGGCCUACGACGUGGCCGACAUGGUGAAGCAAUACUUCCGCGAGUUACCGGAGGCCUUGCUUACCAACAAACUGUCCGAGAGUUUCAUCGCCAUUUUUCAACACGUUCCGGUGUACUUGCAAAAGGAAGCGGUCCAUUACACGGUGCUGCUGUUGCCCGACGAACACCGCGAAGCCCUGUUCGCGCUGCUCGACUUCCUGUUCCGGGUGUCGUCCAGGAGCAACGUGAACCAGAUGUCCGCCAGCAACCUGGCCGUGUGUUUGGCCCCGUCGCUGUUCCACCUCGGGAACGCCGGUUCCUGGUCGUCGUCGCACCCGCACGGCGGCUCCGCGCCGUCCAGCCCGGUCACGUCGCACAACCGUUCGUCGUCCGUGUCGCCACGCCGGAACCACCAUCAGUCGCCUGCCGCCUCCGCCGCCACCAUGGGUCUGCCCGAUUCCAAGCAGCUGGGACAGAACAAGGCGGCGCACGACUGCUUGCUGUUUCUCAUCAAGCACUACCGUCAACUGUUCGCCAUGUCAGAUGACGUCAUGAGUCAGUGUCACUUCAGCUAUAUGGACGAAAGCAUACCAAUAAGCCUGGAAGAACUAGGAGCGGAAAUGGGUCACGACUGGAGAGGAUACCUGAACGUGUGUACGUCGGCGUUGCUUAAAGAAGCUAAAGACAAGAACAGGGGAUGGAUGGCCGUGGGCAGUUUCGAGAACGUCGACAUAUCGUACAAGAAGGUCGGCGACGGACACCCGUUGCGGCUGUGGCGGGUGUGCACGGAAGUAGAGGCGCCACCCGCCGAGGUGCUCGCCCGGAUCCUGUGGGAGAGGCACGUGUGGGACGCCGACCUGGUGUCGGCCAGGGUGGUGGCCAAGAUGGACGCGCGCGCCGACCUGUACCAGUACGCGGACGCGGCGAUGGCCCCGCAUCCGGCCAAGGACUAUUGCGUGGCCAGGUCGUGGCGAACCGAUCUCAACCGGGGCGGUUGCGCGGUCGUCGAGACGUCCGUCGAACACCCGGACGCCAAGCAGCCGGCGGCGGGCGCGGUCCGUGGCAUCGUGCUCGCCUCCAGGUACCUGAUCGAACCGUGUGGUUCGGGCCGGUCCCGAGUGCUGCAUUUGUCGCGAGUCGACACAAAGGGCAGGACGUGCGAGUGGUACAACAAGAUAUACGGACACAUCACUUCGAAAUAUUUGUCGGCGAUACGAAAAUCUUUCGAACACUCUGCCGACGGCCCCGAGAGCAAAGUAUGACUCGGGCGCCGAUUAUUAUUGGUUUUUCGUUUUUUUAAUAAUAAUAUAUUGUUGUUGUUAUUAUUGUCGUUAUUAUAUAAUAUUAAUUAAUCGUUCGCCCGCAAACGAUUUCCGCGCGUCUGCGACGACACAACACAAUUGUAAUAAUAUAAUAUUUUAUUAAUAAUUAUUAAUAGGUACCUAUGUAAUAUAUCAUUAAAUAUUGUACAUAGUUAAGUGUUAUGUUAUGAGUGUUAUACGAUAAUCGGACGACGAGUCGCGAUGAUGAUAGACGCGUUCAAAUAUUAUAUAUUUGUAUCAUUGUAUUAUUAAAUAAUUUUUUAUUAUUAUCAUUA